CCAUUUUGAACCAACUAGAUUUUUGGAGGGAGAAUGGGAGGGAUUGGCUUAUACUAUUCUUAAGGUAUCAGGGUGUCUUUCAAACAAUCUCAGCGUUCCCAGUGUUAAAAAUCCAACAACCAACAAGAGGAAAACACAUAGAUCAGUUGGUUAUGUAAAGAAUGCUCUGCUCACUUGGUAAAUCUAAAAAAGCAAAUGGAUAAUGCUGGCCUCUCUUUUUGGGACUCUGCAGAAUCUCCUAUCCUCUGGCUCCCCAAAAUGUCAUUCGUAUGUUUUGAACAACAGUGGAGAUUUGGCCAGCCAACCACAAAGCUACAGAAACAAAACCCAAAACCCAUAGAUAGCGUUCAUUUUUACCACCGACCAAUUGAAAAGUAGAGACUUGGGGAUGAUAAUGGCUUCCAUCCUUAGCUUUAAUGUACUUACUUGCCCUUGUUUUUAGAUCUACUACUAGCUCUCAGAGAAUUGGACUUCUUCCCCUAGGGGUGGAAGAAGCAAACUUGAGCACCUUCAGAGCUCAGCAACAGAGGUCAGAGAAUUAGCAUUUCAGUAUCUAUGAAUUUCUGACUGGUGUGAAGGGGAUGGGUUGAGUGUUCCCUGCUUUGAAGGUGGGGGAAGGGCUUGAGCAGAAAAAAAAGGAUCCAUCAGAGAGGCUUCUUUCGAAAGCUUCGGGAGGGUGUAAUAGUCUCCUUUUCUCGCCCCAACCUUAGGGUGAGAAAAUACCAUUUCCAUCCAGCAUCUGUGGAUUUCCCCUGUUUAUCUCAAGAAAAGUAUUGCCCCCAUGUUCAGUAUAAUAAUUACUGGAGGAAACAGAUGGUCACCUGAAGAACAACAAAAAGUAACGAGGCUUGAAUGCAACACACCCACAUAUACAGCUCUAAAAACAUUUUUUAGCAUAGGUAAAUUAAAGGAUAAGCCACACUAGUGGCCCAGAAGAAUAAAUGCAAGAAAUAGCUUAAAAAAAAGGAAUUGGCAAAAAUAUGUUAAGACCUUUCUUGGAAAAAUUGUUAUCUAUUAACAUAAAAGAAAAAUGGAGAAUCAUAUGCUCAUGGUUGGGAAGUCUUAAACUAUUCUCAGCCUCAUCAAAUUAAUUUGGAAAAGCAACAUAACUACAAAUUCUAAUUUUUUUUUCACACAGCUCCCCUCCCCUCUUUGCUAAUAACCACUUACUUGUAUGAUCAGCGAUGGAAUACUAAAAGAUUUGACCACAAAACUGAGAAAUGUCAGUAGCUUCAUCAGUCAACAAAUUAAGAAAGGGGUAUGCUUUUUAAAAGACACAUGGGAGAUGUAGCUAAUCUUAAAAUUUACAUGGAUUAAAGAGCAAGAAGAGCCAAAGCAAUUAUGAAAAACAGUAAUUAGGAAGGACUUACCCUAUCUGAUACUGAGGCUUAAAUACAAAGCACAAAUAAUUUAAGCUAUUUGGUAUCAACAGACAAGGAUAGACCGGUAGACCAAAAUUAAGAGCCUAGAAGUAGGACCACUUGUAUAUGAAAGCAUGUUGUGUGGCAGAGAGAGCUUUAAAAGUCAUUGGUGGCAGAAUGAACUUUUUUUUUUAAUGACUGUCUCUUUGCAAAAAGAAAAUAAGAUUCUCUUAACAGCAUACACAAAAAAAUAUUCUAGAUGGUUUGAAGGCAUAAAUGUGAAGUGGAAAGUGUUUUAACACUUAGAAGAAAAUACAGAAGAAACGUGUUUACAACAUGGGGUAGAAAAUGCCUUUUCAAGACACAAAAGGCACAAACCUUGAAGGAAAAUACUGGUAAAAUUCUUCACAUCAUUAAGAUAAUUUUUAUGACAAAAAAACACAGUAAACAAAGUGAAACAUCAAGUGAUAAAUUGGAAGGAUAUACUUGUAUUGGAAGACCAUCCAAAAGAAUGUUAGGAAAUAUCAAUAAGAAAAAUAACAAGGAAAAAAAUGGGCAAAAGACAUUAGACCUUUCUGGUAGAUAUAUAAAUUGAUACAAUCAUUUGAAAAUUUUGACACUACCUAGUGAAGUUGGAGGGUGCAUACCUUCUGACCCGAAAAUUACAUUUAAAGGAAAGAAAAUAGAAAAAGUUGCACAUGUGCACAAGAAGCAUGAGAUUGGUUCUUAACACUCAAUGUUAAAAAGCAAAAAAAAAAAAAAAAAAAAUAGAAACAGCCUACCUGCAAUUGAUCAACUGAGACUUAUCCUUAAAAUGAAGUUCAAUGUAGAAGCUAAUGUGAAUCAACCAGAUCCACAUGUGUCAGCAUGGAUGGUUCCAGGACCAUCCAAACUCUCCGCAGGGCAACUGACAGCGUCACUGAAUAUUCCCCUACCAGGUGAGGCCUGACCAUCUGCCAUUUCUAAUCACAACCUGUUUUACUGCUGUAGCUGCGGAGGAUAUCCAGAGCUGGAGGUAUAAUUCCAUUUUCCUAAUAGGGAAAUUCCUUUACCUCCUUCCCCUGCCUUAGGCCAGGUGAGAUGGGGAAGACUUUUCUGCCUGUAUCCUAUCUAAGUGGACCCUUUUUAUCAGUUUUUAGUCUUUAGGCUUAUGUGGUUCCCAAGUUGCCUACUUGUUUGCCUUAUGUUAAAGGUAUAACUCCUCUUCCUCCACAGAAAUUUUAUUUGGUACAGUUACUAUGAUCUCAUAAAUAUUUUCCUCUGUGGGGCAUUUUUAAGAACUCAACAGAAUCACAUGGUGUUUUUACUGUGCACGUGUGGAAUCUAGUAAUAGUAGGAAUUCCUUUCAGAAUCUGCAUGGUCUAUUUGUGAAUAAGGUGAUUCCAAAGCUAAUUUCUCUCACAGUGUAGCACUUCAAAGAACCAUUUAAAAUGAUUCUGAGUAAAUAUUUUGUAGAUGUCUUUGAAUAUGGUUAUCAAAUGCAAAAAAUUAACUCUAGGGGAAUCAUAGCAAUGAUGACCUUAUUGAAUGCAUCUUGCUAUUGUAUUUGUUAAAAUGCUCAUGGAGAAUGAAAAACUAGGAGAUCUAUUAUGAAAUUUUUAGAGAAAACAAGAAAUAAAGAAGCUUCCCUGUAAUGUGUAAAGGCUCCUUAAUAUAGUAGGGAAUUUUUUGGUUAUGCAUGUAAACCCUCAUUCUGUUACUUACGUAGCUUAGACAAUUUUCUUAAACUUUUUUCUUUAAAUAUUUAUUUAUUUGACAGACUGUUACAGAGAGAGGUAGAGACAGAGAGAGAGAGAGAGAGAGAGAGAGAGAGAGGUCUUCAUCUGCUUGUUCACUUCCCAAAUGGCUACAAAGACAAUGACUGGAGCUGAGCUGAGCUGAAGCCAGGAGCUCCUUCUGUGUCUCCCACGUAGUUGCAGGGAUCCAGGGACUUGGGCCAUCCUCUACUGCUUUCCCAGGCACAUUAGCAGGGAGCUGGAUUGGAAGUGAAGCAGCCGAUACUCGAACUAGCACCCAUAUGGAAUGCCAGUGCUGCAAACCAGGGCUUUUUUUUUUUUUUUUUUUUUGACAGAGUGGACAGGGAGAGAGAGAGAAACAGAGAGAAAGGUCUUCCUUUGCCGUCGGUUCACCCUCCAAUGGCUGCCGCCACCUGUGUGCUGCAGCCGGCGCACCGCGCUGAUCCGAAGGCAGGAGCCAGGUGCUUCUCCUGGUCUCCCAUGGGGUGCAGGGCCCAAGCACUUGGGCCAUCCUCCGCUGCACUCCCGGGCCACAGCAGAGAGCUGGCCUGGAAGAGGGGCAACUGGGAUAGAAUCCGGUGCCCCGACAGGGACUAGAACCUGGUGUGCCUGCGCCGCAAGGUGGAGGAUUAGCCUAUUGAGUCGCGGCGCCAGCCACAAGCCAGGGCUUUAACCUGCUAUGCCACAGUGCCAGCUCCUUCUUAAACUUUUUGACUUUCAGGUUUUUUUUCAUACACCAAUAGUGAUAAUGUUUUAUGAACAUUUGUGAAUUUUUUUUAAAUUUUAAUUUCUUUGAGAGACAGAAGAGCUUCCAUCUGCUGGUUCACUCCCCACAUGCUUGCAACAGCCAGGGGACUGCAAUUGGGGCCUGGAACUCAAUCUAGGUCUCCCACCUGGGUGGCAGGAACCCAACUAUUUGAACCACCACAAAUUCUUCCCAGGGUCUGCAUUAGCAGGGAGGGGGAAUUAGGAGCUGGAACCAGAAAUAAAACAGAGAUGCUCUGAUGUAGGAUGUGGGCAUCUUAACUGCAGGACCAAACACUCACCCCAUAAUUUGUGAAAGUUUUUAAAAAGAUGAUGUGUGGGGUUGGUGCUGUGUCAUUGUGGACUAAGCCUCCGCCUGUGGUGCCGGCAUCCAAUGUGGCACCAGUUUGUUUCCUGGCUGCAUGUCUUCUGAUCCAGCUCUUUGCUAUGCCCCGGGAAAGCAGUAGAAGAUGACCCAAGUGGUUGGGCCCCUGCACCCCUGUGGGAGACUCAGAAGAAGCUCCUGGCUCCUGGCUUUAGACUGACCCAGCUCCGGCUGUUGUGGCCAUUUGGGGAGUGAACCAGCGGAUGGAGGACCUUUCUCUCCAUCUCUCUCUCUCUCUGUGACUCUGCCUCUCAAGUAAAUAAAUAUAAUCUUUAAAUAAACAAAAAAUGCUGCAUAUACAGCAUGUGUCUGGAAUGCAAAGGAAUUUAUUAAAUGAUAGCACCACAACAUUGAGCACAACGAAAUAGCAUGGACUUUGCUUUGGACUUUAUCCCUUCAAUUCCUCGUAUAUUUGUUUCUGCACUGACUUUAUUGUAUUUAUUCUAUUUGCAGUCACUCAGCUUGAGUUCUUGGAGACAUUUUUGAUUAUCUACAUCCCUUAUUUAUUUUCUACUACUUCUGUCUUCACUACUUAACAGCAAGAGGGACCAUAAACUUCAUCAACAGGCUCAGUGCUCCAUUCCUAACCAGUCUGAAGUAAAAAAGACAAAUAUUAUUACCAGGGUCUUUAUUCUUUUAAAUCUAGAGUUGAGAAUUAUUAAUUUCUGGCAUAAUUCACAUAGACUUAAUUUUACCCUAUAAGCAAGAUAACUAGUAUAAUUGUCUGGAUUUUUUUUUUAAAAAAUGUAGCUGUUAUUUUUAUUUAGAAUUAGCCCAGAACUUGAUGUAUCAUGGAAAAACCCUUAGUUGUAAUGAAGUAUAAUGAUUUAGAAUAAGUAAUAUGGGAUCUGGUAGGCCUAAAUUCCAAUCCUGUAUCCUCCAUUCACUGUGAUUUUGGCCUGGUUGUUUAAUCAUUUUUUGCUUUAUAUCUCUUACUUAUAAAAUAGGAAGAGAAAUACUCACUUCAUGAGGUUAUUUGUCCAUCUAUAACCUUUGGAUCUAAUGUUGAUCAAAUAUUUAUGUCAGACUUACCAAAUGUCAAACACUACUUACAUGCUUAAAAGGCAACCAACAAAGCAGCACAUAUACUUGGCUGCUAGAUUCAUGUAUAUUAAAGAUUUCAAAGAGACAGAGGGGUAGCAGUUGCUAGUUGCCCAGAUGCAUCCUAUGGAGUGCACAGAGAUUUUGCAAAUAGCACCUCAGCUCUAGAAGAGUAAUUUAUCUGGGCCUUAGGGCUUUUGAGUUUGAUAAUAUAGUAAGUGCUGGCCCCUACUGGGAAUAAUUAUUGGUUAGAAUACAAUAGCAUUAUGUAAUGGCAGGACCUCAGAUUCAACCUUCUUGUUACUCAGUGCUUAUGGCUGAGAAUUGAAUGUGUUGAGGCCUUGAUAAUAUUUAUCUGCCUUACUCCGGAACAGUUAAAAACAAGACACUGAGCCUCCUGGUGGUGGUUUUUGGCCAGUCCAGAUGUCAAGAGCUGGGCAAGGCAGAGGCAAUGGAAUAUAUAUGGAGGCUUUGAAGGCGUUUCCAUGAAUAACAACUUGUCUUAGAUUUUUGGGAGACUGGGGUCAAAGUCUUUCCAUUGAAUCUGUUUCUCUAUCAGGCUAUUCAUAGGAUUUGCUGCAUCAACAUUCGUUAUUGGGAACAUACUAACAUAACUGUAGGGGUAACUCUAGUCCAAGCAGUGCAGCUGCCCAUGAUUGGUUGCUUUGAAAAAUGGGCAAUAACUAGUUUCCAGUGAACUUGCAGAAGUCCAGUCCUUUUCUGGGAAGCCAGUCUGCUGGGGAUUAGUUUUAGGCAAGUUAACCAUUAUCUUUUAGAUAAGCAAUGAGGACACAUUGAUGAGCAAAAGUAGACAUUAUUAACCCUGAAAGUAGAUACAGCGUAAAAUAGAAUUUUGUUAAGUUAUCAUACAAAAAUUGUAAAGUUUUUAGCAUUAUAAGCAUUAUAAAACAUUGUAUAUGGUACUACAGGCAUAUUAAUAUAGUAUAGGAAUAAGAGUACAAUCCUAAGGUAGCAAUAAUUGAACUAGAAGUGAAGUGUGAAUAAGGGCUAGGUUGCUAUAAUGGUUAAGUGAGAUAAUACACCAAAAGCAUGGACAUAGAAUAAACUCAGUGAUCAGAGUAUCAAGAUAGAUUUUGCUAGGAUGUUCAGAUAUAUAGAUAAGGGUAAAGGAGCACAGAAGAAUCAUUAACAUAUAUUAAUUUAAGAUGGCAUACCUUCAGAUUGAUUGCCAGGAACUCAGAAAUGAGCAAACACCAAAUCAGCAAAUAAGGCAGAGAAUAUGAGAUCAAUCUACCAUCAAACUAAUAAGGAAAAAUGAACAGUGAAAUAUAGAAGCUAGGAAACAGGCAUCAAUUGGCUGGAUUCGUGGCAUGGAAUAAACUGUGUGCACUUAUGCUCCCUGUAGAGUUUCAAACCAACUUCAUAUGAAAGUCGCUGUAUAGGUAUCAGAGCUAUUUGAGUCUGUGACAAGCCAGAUACAGCCUUUAUUCCUUAAGACAUUCACAGUUCAGUGUGGUUAAUGAUCAAACUCUUUAGAUGAAAAAUGAACUAGCAUUGUGGCACAAUGUGUUAAGCUAUCUUGUGACACAGGCAUCCCAUGCUGGAGUGCCAGUUCUAGGCCUGGCUGUUCCACUUCCAAUCCAACUUCCUGCUAAUGUGCUGAGAAGACAGUGGAAGAUGACCCAAGUAUCUGGGUUCCUGUCAUCUGUGUUGGAGACCAGAGUGGAGUUCCUGGCUCCUGGCUUUGAUCCUGCCUAGCCCUAGCUGUUUGGGAAAUGAACCAGCAGGUAAAUUCAUAUUUCUCUCUCUCUCUCUCUCUUUCUCUCUCUGCCUUUCAAAUGAAUACAUAAAUUUUUUUUAGAAAGAGAGAUGCUAUGAGAUAGGUGUGGACUAUAUGUUAACAAAUUAUCUGGGCCGGUGCCGCAGCUCACUAGGAUAAUCCUCCGCCUUGUGGCGCCGGCACACCAGGUUCUAGUCCUGGUCAGGGCGCCGGAUUCUGUCCCGGUUGCCCCUCUUCCAGGCCAGCUCUCUGCUGUGGCCAGGGAGUACAGUGGGGGAUGGCCCAAGUGCUUGGGCCCUGCACCCCAUGGGAGACCAGGAUGAGUACCUGGCUCCUGCCAUCAGAUCAGCGCAGUGCGCAGGCUGCAGCGCGCCAGCCGUGGCGGCCAUUGGAGGGUGAACCAACGGCAAAGGAAGACCUUUCUCUCUGUCUUUCUCUCACUGUCCACUCUGCCUGUCAAAAAAUUAAAAAAAAAAAAUUAUCUGAUGAGGGGAAGACUUUCCAGGGAAUGUGUAUUUUGAGAUUUUCCCUGAAAUAAGGAAAUGACUCUUUAGUGUGUUUAUGUUUUUAAUUUUAAAUACAGCUAGGUUAUUUGUUUACAUUUGUAGUUAAUUUUAGGAAUGUUUUUAUCUUUAUUUCCCAUCUCUGGUAUUUUUCAUGUGUUUUAUUCCAUUGCUAGUUAGAAGACCUUGAACUCUUUGAAGACAGGAAUGGUGAACUGUGCUGCAUUUCACUUUUAUAUCACUGGCACUUGAAAGAUGGAUGGAGAGAAAAAUGGAAGGCAGAGGGCCAUUCUAUAUGUAAUAAAUCUUACAUUUUUUAAUAUUUAAAAUUGUCCCAGUGGAUUAAGGAGCUGGGUGGCUAGGUGGAACUAAGAGUGCUUCUGAGAUUGAACAGAUGUAACCUAUAAAAACAGUCCACUAGAUGUCACCAAAAGCUUAAGGAUUGGGGUUUCAAGUGUUCCUUCCAUGUACCUGUUGCUAGAAUUUGAAGGGCUUGGAGCCUUAUGUCUGCAUAGUGCCUAUGCCUUCCUUAUGAAAUAAUGAGAAUUAAAUAAAGGCAACUGGAAAUCAUCUGAUAAGUUACUGAGCAUAUUGUACAGUUGGAAAGACAAGUAUAUGCUGUAAAAGUAUAUACAGUAUGAAUCAUAGAAUUCAAUAGCUAACUUUUGGGAAAAAUAUAUGUAUAUACACAAACAGAAGCACAAACACACAAUAUCUUUUAAUAUUGUAUCAAAAUGAGUUUUAAGUGAGUUAACUUUUAGAUUUAAAUUCUGUUUUUUAAUUGUGGUGAUAUUACCAUCCUAACCAUUUUGAAGUGUACAUUGACAUUAAGUGCAUUUGUAGUGUCAUGUUGUCAUCUCCAAGAUCCAUCCAUAAAACUUCUCACUUCACGAUUUUACAAAAGUGUGGAUUAACAAAUAGCUAAGCAGACAUACAUGUGAUGUUAUAUAAUCUUGAAUCCAGGAAGAUUUUUCUAAGCCCAACAACAAAAUAUCAAAAAUUACAUAUUGAUAUGUUUUAUUACAUUAAGAUCAAAAUACUAUUUAUAUCUAAAUAAGCCUCAAAGUUUACUGAUUGAUCAUUUAUAUUAAUAAUUUACCACAUAUUCCUCUUCAUGUAGUUAUGGGACUGUGUUCCCUGUUUGCUUGCUAACUACCAGCCCAGGGCUGCUCUCAAUUUCUUGCUCAUGUGGUCUUCUUGCAGGCCUUUUCACAAUGUGCCACAUUAUCUCUUUGAAGCCAAGAAGAGAAUCCUCACUCUACUUUGCAAUUGUAGAGUCUUAUAUAUCAUACUAUUCUAUACCAUGUCAUACCAUUCCAUAACAUACUAUACAAUACCAACAUAAUCACUCUUGCAUAUAAUGUAACCUAAUCAGGGUAUACUUUCAUAUGUAUUUAUCACAUGGAGGAAACAUGAGAUAAGAGUUUUAAGAUGAGUUAAAAUAUUGGGUAAGAAUAGAGGUUAUAUCAAGUUUUGAAAUAUAUAGAUCGUAAUUUUAAUGAGGAGGAGGAGGAGUAUAAAUUCACAUUGGAACAUACUGAUUUAAAGAGGCUUUAUAGGUUUAUGUACUUAGUUAAAUAACAGAAUGUUAGAAAUUAUGCGGUUAUUUAAUCUAUUUAAUAUUAUUCAGAUUUAGAAUUAGGUUGAGAAAGGUUAAGAUAAUAUUGACUUAUCUAAUUUCUACUUUCUUUUCUGGUUCUAACAAUAGUAAUUUAAAUAGUAUUUUUGAGUGAUUCUUCUGAGCGAGCAAUGAGAGAAUUUACCUCAUUGAAUCUUCACAACAACCAUAUGAAGUAGAUGUCAUUUUUAUUAUCCAUAUCAGAGAUAAGGAAACUGAGGCCUAGAAAAGGUCCACAUUUCUCCACUCGGAAUUUUUACUUGUCACUUUCAACAGAAUUCCUGUCUUCUUAUUUAACUGCUGUAUGCCGACCAACUUCCAAAACACAACGCAAGAUUGUGGAAAGAUACAAAGUAUAGAAUCUUCUCAGUUUGAUGUUAUCCCAUCUUGAUGUUAUCCCAUUUGUCUAUUUUUCAAGACAUUUGAUGUAAUGAGCAAGGCAACAAAAGAGGCGCUUGGGAAUUAGGAAUGUUACUCCUAAGGAACAUUCAGUGUGAUGGAUGAGACAAGUCAAACAUACAACAGGUAGUGUUAUGAGCUGUAAUGUAAGCAUCUAAAGAAUGCUAUAGUCAAACAGAGCAAGGACACAGAACUGACUUCUUUGAGGAGAGAAAGCUAGAGAAAUUCCAAACUUUUCCACAACAGCUGUACCAUUUAAAAUUCCCACCAAGAAUAAACAACAAUUAAUCCACACCCUUGCCAUUACUCAUUAUUUUCUGCUUUUUAAAAAUACCCUGGUAGGUAUGAAGUGGUAUCUCAUUAUUGUUUUGAUUUUCAUUUUCCUAUUGCAAUGAUGUUGAGCAUCUAUAGUACUUAUUGGCUAUUUUUAUAUUUUCUUUUAAACAAAUGACUGUUCAUGUCCUUUGGCCAUUUAUAAAAUAGGUUGUUUAUCUUGGUUCAUUUGUUUUAUUUUUAACAUCUGGUUAUUUAUUUGAAAGGCAGACUUACAGAGAGGAGAUGGAGAGACAGAAGGAGCAAGAGAAAUCUUCCAUCUGCUGGUCACUGUUCAAAUGGCUGCAAUGACCAGAGCUGGGUGAGGCCAAAUCCAGGAAACUGGAACUCCUUCUGGGUCUCCCAUAUACUGCUCCACUGACACUGUAUUUCCAGGAUCAUAUUAAAGCCAAUCUGGACCAUCUUUUCUUAAGAGAUUGGUCACCUCAACAUGGCCAGAGCUGGGAACUGGGAACAUAAUCCAAGUCUCCUCUAUGAGUGGCAGGGGCCUAAUUACUUGAGUCACUGCUGCCUGCCAGGGUCCGCAUUAGCAGGAAGCCGGAGCAGGAGAUCAAACCCAGACACUGUGAUGUGGAAUUCAAGUGGUCUGCUUCUCUUCUCUGAGACGGUGAAGACUUCUGCUAUUUCAGCAUUAGAGGACACCCUAAGUCCAGGAUUGUGAUGUCCCAUGUCUGAGAGCCUGAUUGUACACAUUCAUAGAUCCCACAGUGACUGAGGGGCUGUGAUUAUCUAGGAAGUACUGAAUUCAUCAGCCGAAGUGAUCUGAAAGGAACAGAGGCAACAGUCCAGACGUGGAGAGCCAUUACAAGAAAUUAAUGGAGAGGAAAAACGAAGGCUAUACCUUGGAUAGUAACAAGCUGCAUGCUUAUUUUAAUGAAAGAUAUCUCAGUGAGCCUGCUGACCCUUGUGGUCACUGCCUGUGGUCUCGCCCUCUUCGGCGUGUCUCUCUUCGUGUCUUGGAAACUCUGCUGGGUUCCGUGGAGAGAACGAGGCCUGCUCUCUGGUAGCAAAGACAACAACCAAGAGCCUCUUAACUACACGGACACAGAAACCAAUGAGCAGGAGAACAGUGAGGACUUCUUAGACCCUCCCACGCCCUGCCCUGACUCCUCCAUGAAGAUCAGCCACACCUCCCCUGAUAUCCCCCUCUCAACCCAGCCAGGGGUCCAAGAGAACUGUGCCCAUGGCGUCCGCGUGCAGCGCCAAGUCACAGAGCCAACGUCUUCGGCUCGGCAUAAUUCAAUCCGAAGACAACUCAACCUGUCAAACCCAGACUUCAAUAUCCAGCAGCUUCAAAAGCAGGAGCAGUUGACUGGAAUUGGUAGAAUUAAACCGGAGUUAUAUAAGCAGAGGUCACUGGAUAAUGAUGAUGGGAGAAGGAGUAACAGCAAAGCUUGUGGAAAACUGAACUUCAUUUUAAAAUAUGACUGUGACUUAGAGCAGCUCAUAGUGAAGAUUCACAAAGCUGUCAAUUUGCCGGCCAAGGACUUUUCUGGGACUUCAGAUCCUUAUGUCAAGAUCUAUUUGCUUCCUGAUCGGAAAACAAAGCACCAGACUAAGGUUCACAGAAAGACCCUGAACCCUGUUUUUGAUGAAGUGUUUUUAUUUCCGGUUCCCUACAACGACCUCGAAGCACGAAAGCUUCACUUCUCUGUGUACGACUUUGACAGGUUCUCUCGCCACGACUUAAUCGGACAAGUGGUAGUGGAACACUUCUUAGACUUGGCCGAUUUCCCCAGAGAGUGCAUCCUUUGGAAGGAUAUCGAAUAUGUCACCAAUGACAAUGUGGAUCUUGGAGAGUUGAUGUUCUCCCUCUGCUAUCUUCCCACGGCCGGCAGGCUGACCAUCACCAUUAUAAAAGCACGGAAUUUAAAGGCAAUGGACAUAACAGGAGCAUCAGAUCCCUACGUGAAGGUCUCACUGAUGUGUGACGGCAGACGGUUGAAGAAGAGGAAAACAUCGACGAAAAGGAACACACUGAAUCCAGUUUACAACGAAGCCAUAGUCUUUGAUGUCCCUCCUGAAAACAUUGACCAAAUCCACUUGUCCAUAGCGGUCAUGGACUACGACCGUGUAGGUCACAAUGAGAUCAUCGGCGUGUGUCAAGUAGGCAACGAGGCUGAGAGACUGGGCAGAGACCACUGGAGUGAAAUGCUGUCCUAUCCUCGGAAGCCCAUCGCGCACUGGCAUUCUCUCAUGGAGGUCUCCCAUCAGUCAAGAGGUCAUAACAGCACCUGCAUCAUACAGUGCCUGUGAGGGUUGAACAGUCCGAUCUGUGUGGGAAUCAGCCCCGUGCUGGCUCAUAGUACAUGCUCAGGAAAGUCCUCAGUGACAGCUGCUAUGAUGCAUGUCCCACAUCCUGAGGUGUGGCCCACGAGACUGUGUCACACAAAGAAAUAUCAUCAGUAACAUUGUCGUGGAAAAUAAGCGAAAGGCCAGGAAGCUCGCAUGCCUGCACUUCAGUGAGCCAUUGUCUCAGCUUUGGGGAAGGGGUCAUUAAGAUCCCUGCACAUGGAUGCACACCAUGGUUAAAUUCUGUGCCUUCUUUUCUUUGGCCUUGAAGAUAAGCUGCUCUUAUACUCUCUAAGAACCUUUCAAAUUUCUGCUUGAAAGCAGUUAACUCCCAGGCCUGUGUGUGUGUGUGCGUGUGUGUGUGUGUGUGUCUAAAACUCUGGGAAAGAAUAAAUAUGGGGGAGUUGGGAUUCAGCGUGAGGGGAACCUGGCUUGGCAGAAGCGCUUCAGUCCUGGGGACUGAGGGAGCAGGUAAGGACUAGACCUUGAGGGCUGCAGAGACCUGGCAACCUGCUUGGGGCUGCAUCCAGUAUACCCUGACCUUGCCAGGGCAGGUGGCAGAUGGAGUCUUCAAAGCCAAUGAGUUCAAAAAUCCGUUUCUCUCUCAGGGAUUCUGGAUGGCUUCACUGCACACUCAAAGGUCAGCCAAUGCUUCUCCCGUUACUCUCCACGGUGUCAAAGGCUUGUGAAGCUGCGUGAGCUCCCCCAGAGCAGGCUGCUGGGACUGGGGAUAAGAGCAUCCCCUCUGUGGCCCUUAGGAGAUGACAGAGCCUCAUAAGCUCCCUUACCACAGCCCCUCCCUCAGAUAGCCAGGAGGAGAUGGGGAUGGCCUGGCCGUAUCAUGGUAUCCUUCCUGUCUUCGGGAAGGUCAAGCCAGCUGACAUCAUGAGCCUGGGGAGAAUCACAGGACAUAGUUCCAGGUUUCCUCCACUGCCUUGUGUAGAGCUCUGUAUAGCUUUUGCAUUAUGAGUGGUAAACUUGGUUUGAAGCAAAAGACCAGAUACAGACUCUAUUUGGUUAAAUCAAAUUUUACUUUUAUAAGGAGGAGAAAGAGAAUCUAAUCAGAGUAUAUAGUAAAGAUCAGCAAUAUUGUCCUGAUUGACAAAAGUGCAAGAUUCUAACCCCAAAGUCCCUAUACCAGCGGUGUUCAAUUGAGGAUAAAUCUUCCUUUCUCCACGCUUAGCCUUUGUAAAUCUGUAUACUUAAGGCUAAAAAGCUGCCUCGGGAUUUCUGGCUGCUGGGAUCAGCUCGCUAACCCCUCAGCUGCUGCCCCUCUUCCAUUCAGGGUUAUAAAAUCCCCAGCAUGGCAACGGGCAGUUAUGGUCCAGGCCAUUCCUGGCCUGAACAGGGUCCUCCUUUUCACCUCGGCUUCCAUAAGAGUAUAGACUUCAAACUUUAAGAUUAAAGCAAACAGCAGUCACCCAGACUUAUCUUGGGAUUAUACCAGCAGCCCCUUUAAGGCAUCUCUAGGUCUCAUCCAUUAAGUGCCUGGAAGAGCCCACCUGGAGUCUUUGAGGUCCACCCAUUCCCAGGAAAAUGCAUUCUAUUGGCCAGGUUGACUUAGGUGUCCACUCCUGACCCAGUUUGCCUUAGGUCCAUGGUCCUGGAAAUGUGACCUGGUACCCACUCCCUCAGGAGUGUUGGGAAUAGGCUCCUUAAAAGGGUCCUUACAGGACAGGAAAAUAGACUGACAUGAACACAGCUGCUUUCCAGAAGAUUUUGAAAUGAAGGAGUGAGAAGGUUUAGCACUCUGGAUAGGUUGUAUUCACAACAAAUUUAGGAAAUCAGAGUGAUUCUCCAGGACUCACAGGAGCUAUAGGAGACUUGGGGCCAUUACAGCCACCCUACUCUCUUCUUGCCUAUAGAUGUACAUGGUCAUUGCUUCCUUGUUUGUCCAGCUUGUAUUGGCCGUGGGGCCACAUUUAUCUUCAGCUGCCCCACUAAAUCCAACUGAACUUGGAUAUUUCAAGCCUGAGAGGUGAAACUAGAAACUCUCCUCCUCCUCACUCCCUAUCUGUUCUGCCAUCUGAGAGAAACUUUGUAUUGUAUAUGAUUCCUUGUCAUAUAGGACUUAGGUUCACAUCUCCAGUUUCCUCUCAACAGGUACAGGAAGCAUUUGGAAUGCGUAAGUGUCUCUUUUCUCUCAACAAGACCUGGCUUUAAGGCUCUUUUUUCAUGGGGCAUUGGCUGUUCAUUGAGCAACGUCAUUUUUUCUGCUCUCAGCUUGCAGGAAUAUGUGGUAUUAAUUCAAAGUGUGGGACAACAUGUUUACAGACAAUAAAAAUGCUAACUCUGCUACAUAGGUAUUAAAUAAGUAUCUGAUAAAUGAAUGAGACGUAUAAUUGGACAACUUGGGUCCGUUUAUCCAGAAUUCCCCCAUGUGGUAGAGUCCAAAAUAGAAUUCAGUUCAGGUAAGAUGUAAAAGGUAUUAGGAAUAAAUCUGCUGUAGGCUGUUAAAUGGGGAUAGCUUUUAUUAAGUCCCAAACUUUGAUUGCCUAUUCUCCGUUUAGGAAAAUGACAUAAAAGAGGUCAUAUCCUCCUUUGGUUCCUGUGAACUGCCAGGUGCCAGCAAUGACUUUGCAUUUUGAGUAUAACUGAGAAAUGUUUAGAAUAACCGAGACUCCUACAUAAAGCAUGAUGGCCCCCCUCCAGCUGAUAAAGGUCCCCAGGUCCUGGCAUAUUUCAGUAUCGCCCUUCAGAACAGAGGGGGAGGACACAGAGCUGCCAAUGGUGGGAGGCAGACUGCUGCACCCCAAGUGAAAACUGACUAGGAAGUGACAGGACAUUGGCCCUCAACCUGGCUUUUCUCACCAAGAAGAUAUUUUACAGUAGUUUUACAUAGGGUAAUGAUUUGUUCCACCUAUCUGUGAAGAUAAGGAAGGGGAAAAUAUUUGGAAAGGAUUUUUUCCAACUACUUGGCUUUGAGAUUUUAUUUUUACCAAAAACAAAAUAUUUUUAAUGGUGGAUUUAGCAUGCCGGUAUCCAAAAACGUCAGUUGGUCUGCCGAAUGUAAAAAUGUGUGAGAUGUUUGGGAUCUUAAAAACUUACUAAGAAAGCCAUUAGAAUCUGUGCCAAUUGAUUUAGGUGGCCAGAAUGCAGUGUGGACAAGCCAGCAGGGCUAGAGUUAAUGGGGCGUUGUGUUUCCAGCUGGCGGGGGGUGUGGCCAGCAAAGAAGGCCAAAAACAUUCACUUCCCCAGCAGGUCUUCUUUCUAGUAUUGAAUUAUCUGUACCAAAAAAAUGAAGGACGCUAACAUUUUCUCAUCUUUAGCUGGGUUACAAAACCAGCAAGUCUAUAGAGAUAGUAAUCACACAAACACGGGAGCACUUAGGGUAAACACUCGGAGUAUACAUGAUAGCAAUGUGGUGGGAAAUAACAUUUCUGCCUGCACAGAAAGUCAACUGCAUCUUGACCCUCCUCUUACUCACAAAUGACCUUGCUCCAGGAGUGGCGCCCUGGAGCGUCCCUGCUGCACACUUGAAUGGUUGUUAACAAGGAUAGUGGAUGUCAAUGUGCUUGAGCCUUCAGUUCUCUCCAUCUCCAGGAAUGGUAUUCAAAGGUGACCACUAGCACAAUGGGCUGAUUCUUUCCCCAGAGAUGAAAGGAACCAGAGUGGUUGAUGCCAUUCUCUGAAAGGACCACACCCUCUCCUGGUAGUCCCCUACCUGGUAUAAAAGGCCUGGGGUAAAGGUAGAACAUCCUGAGAAAGGACAGCCAGGAAGGCGUCUACUCCUGGGAAUGAGUCUUUGAAGAGAGGCUUCUGUCAAAUGCCGCCUCCCAAAGAUUAGCAGAACAACCUGUUGAGACAAAGCUGAAUUUAUUGCUUUCCCUAGUAAUGGAAGGGCAAGGCAAGGUCUGAUCUUGAGAUUUUGAAGCAUGGGUUAAGGUGGAUCUUUUUUUUUUAAAUAUUUAUUUUAUUUAUUUGAAAGACAGAGUUUACAGAGAGAGGUAGAGACAGAGAGAGAGGUCUUCCAUCCACUGGUUCACUCCCCAGAUGGCUGCAAUGGCAGGAGCUGCGCCAAUCUGAAGCCAGGAGCCAGGAGCUUCUUCCAGGUCUCCCAUGUGGGUGAAGGAGUCCAAGGACUUGGGCCAUCUUCUACUGCUUUCCCAGGCCAUAGCAGAGAGCUGGAUCGGAAGAGGAGCAGCCAGGACUAGAACCGACACCCAUAUGGGUUGCCAGCACUGCAAGCCAGGGCUUUAACCUGCUGCGCCACAGCGCCAGCCCCUAAGGAGAAUCUUUUAAUGCAGUAGGGGAUGAGGUGGGGAAGUGGGGAGCUUCGAGGGCACUGGGCAAAGAUCAUGAUACAAUAGUUUAAGAGGUCACAGCAAGAUGAGGAUUUUGAUCCUGGAAUUCUCUUUCUAAGAAGUAGUUGAUGGACUUUAUUUCUUGGAAAUCCCUAAAAUGAACAAAAAUACUAUUUGCAAGUUUUACCUUUCAUGCAAAAGUUUCUAGGAGUAGUAAAGACAUGUUAAUGAAGACAAUAGAACAGUAAAGUCAAGUAAAUGUAGUGUCUACUUUGUCGAUAAAUUAUGUUGAAGUAGAUGAGAACAAAGAGCAGGAGAGCUCACCAAGGUUCCUACCUCGUUCUGUACUCACACACCGAUAGUGUGAACAUUUAUGAGAUGCCUCCCCAGCAUCAGCCCUCCUUUCUGAUCGCCCUGAUUUCUGACUGGUGAUUCUAGGGACCUAGAUUCAUCCAUGGCUCCACUGAUGUACAUAUAUCCUGGUCCCAGACUAAACUAUACUGCAUAAACUGAUUUGAGGUGUUAUAAAACAUUUGCUGUGAAUGCUUGUUGGAUGUAAACCAAGAAAUAAAUACUCUAGGUCCAGUAGAGUAUUGCUUCUUUAGAGGUGCCAGGCUUAAGUUGAGACCAACUCUAUAGAAAGAUUAAAAAAAAAAAAAUCCCUAGUCAUGUGGUUGAACUACUGGCUCAAGCCUCUCCUGAAUAUAGUUUUACCUCUGGCCUUUAUGAGUAUGUAGCAUAUAAAUGCACCUUAUUAUGUAAGCAAUAUUAGAUGGGAUUUCUGUUACCUAAAACAAAAAAAAAUAUCUUCUAUGGGAUGCAGGCAGACACCCUCCCUGCUCCAGGUGAUGUUCCCUUAGUGCGAAGAGAACCAUUCCCAAAGCUGCCAAGAGAGGUAUUCUUCUGUCUUGCCCAGUACAGUAUAUCUGGUACUUAACAAGUGCAAGGCACAUGGUACACUCUCAGCAAAGUUUUCCUAAUGAAACAAAUUAUUUUUUAUCUUUUUUUUAACUUUUAUUUAAUGAAUAUAAAUUUCCAAAGUACAGCUUAUGGAUACAAUGGCUUCCCCCCCUAUAACUU